AAACACAAAUCUAAGCAAAACCCACUUCAGAUUCAGGCAAUUUAAGAUGUUUAAACUUGUUGUGCUUUGUUUUCUUGUCUUUUUUUUGUCGGAUUCCGGCAAUGUACAGGCAGAUAAUGCGCCUGCCCCGUCUCCCGCCACCGUCACGACACAGCCACCGCCUUCUCCGGCCAAAUCCCCAGCAACUCCUCCGUCGGCAAGUCCCCAUGUAUCGCCUACACAGUCCCCGGUUUCAUCCCCUCCAAAAGUUUCUCCGGUGGCCUCUCCUGUGAAGUCACCGGUUGCCCCGGUGUCACCGCCACCGGCAACUCCCCCACCAACCGUCACUUCCCCUGCACAAUCCCCCGCAAGUCCUCCUUCCCCUCCGGCGGCAACUCCAGUUGCUACCCCUACACUGACUCCAGUUGCUACCCCUGCACUGACUCCAGUCGGGGCUCCGCCAACAGUGGAGGGUCCUGUUGUUUCUCCGGCACCGGAGACAAUUCCAGCCAGUUCAGCACCUCCGGCAAACGCUCCAGCCGUGUUCCCCUCUAGCAGUAGCCCACCGGUUCCAACACCAGGGAGUUCUGCACCGGAAUCGGCUGGGGGUCCCAUUAGCGAUGAGUCGGGUGCCGGGUCAAUAUUUGAGGUUCGGGUCAUUUCAAGUGGGUUGGCAAUUGCAGCCGCCUUGGCAUUUUAAAACUCUUGUAUUUCCACAUUGUACUCAUAAUUUUUGGUUAGGGUUUUGAUCAUUUUAUGAAUCUAUAGCGUAGUAUGAA